AAAAAAAAAAGAAAGAGAAAACUUGGAUCCACAUGACAUGCCUAUUUUUUAAUCCUUAUAUGUCUUCCACUUCAAUAGAUUUCCUAUAAAUUAUUCUUCGGGAGUUAAGUCCUUCAACUUUCAAUUUCCCCCGUAAGUUUCCAUUUCACCCUUACGUUACAGGUUAUACGCACUGUACCCAUCUCUCUUUUCUUCGCCUUUUUUUUUUUUUGGUAUUUCGGAGUCUUAUUAAGAGACAAACCAAAGAUGUUACAUUUUUCUUUACCUUAAUCUCUACGUUUUUGUUUUCUUUCUCUCUUGAGAUCGAAUCCAUUUCAAGAAUGCCGGUGAAAUGUUCAGGAGCUUGGCUUCUACUUGUUAAAAAGAUCAAAUCUUGGUUCCCAAAUGUUGUUUAAUUGCGAUAUUGGCUGAUUUGGAGGAACAAGGUUCGACUUUUCUUUGCUUCUUUCUUUGGAAAAAGAUUAGGGUUUUAUUGAUCUAAGUUGAUAUGAUGAUAAAGGUGUGAAUUUUGAAGGUUUGCAUGAAUAUGGAUUUUGGGUUUUGAUGGUUUUUAACAUGCUUAAAGAAAUGGGUUUUGGUUAUUUUUGAGUUUGAUGAAGUUUACUGUGUGGUUUUGUUUUUUGGUUAUUGUAAGAUGAAGAGGGUAAAAAGUGAACUUUCCACUGGGAGGAGGUUCAAGUUGUCUCAUUUCUUGUUGGGUUUAGGAGGGUUAUACUUAAUCUUCAUAGCUUUUAAGUUUCCACAUAUUUUGGAGAUAGCGGCAAUUUUGAGUGGAGAUGAUACCUAUGAUGGAUUGGGUGGGAAAUUGGUUGGGGAUGUUAAUGAUGCGGAUUUGAGUAAAACAUUGGUUAAUUCUGUUUAUAAAGAUACGUAUCACCGUAAAUUAGAGGAUAAUCUAAACCAGGAUGCGCCUUUGAGGCCUAGUAAGGAACCUUUGGAGGAAGGGAAAGGUGGAAUACAGCCUAUAAAGCCACUUCAGCAUCGUUAUGGUCGAAUAACGGGUGAGAUUAUGCGGCGAAUGAAUAAAACUAGUGAAUUGUCAGUGCUUGAGAGAAUGGCGGAUGAGGCUUGGACGUUGGGAUUAAAGGCAUGGGAAGAAGUGGAUAAGUUUGAUGGAAAGGAGAUUGGACAGAGUUCUUUAUUUGAAGGGAAGCCCGAGUCCUGUCCGUCAUGGUUAUCUGUAAGUGGAGAAGAUUUGGCAAGUGGGGACAGGCUAAUGUUCCUUCCAUGUGGUCUCAAAGCAGGUUCAUCAAUUACACUUGUUGGUACACCUCGAUAUGCCCAUCAGGAGUUCGUACCCCAGCUUGCUAAAUUGAGGAUUGGUGAUGGUCUAGUGAUGGUUUCACAAUUUAUGGUUGAAUUGCAAGGGUUGAAGUCCGUGGAUGGGGAGGAUCCUCCAAAAAUUUUACAUUUAAAUCCUCGAUUGAAAGGAGAUUGGAGCCACAAGCCAGUCAUUGAGCACAACACAUGCUAUAGAAUGCAAUGGGGUACGGCUCAAAGAUGUGAUGGUUUACCAUCCAAGGAUGAUGAAGACAUGCUCGUUGAUGGACAUCGAAGAUGUGAAAAAUGGAUCCGGAACGAUGUUGUAGACUUGAAAGAGUCCAAGACAACCUCUUGGUUCAAAAGGUUCAUAGGACGAGAACAGAAACCAGAAGUUACCUGGCCAUUUCCUUUUGCGGAAGGCAGACUAUUUAUCCUGACCCUGCGUGCCGGUGUUGAUGGAUACCAUAUUAAUGUCGGGGGUCAACAUGUGACUUCAUUUCCAUAUCGUACGGGUUUUUCACUUGAAGAUGCAACAGGGCUGGCCAUAAAAGGAGAUGUGGAUGUUCAUUCAGUUUAUGCAACCUCUCUUCCCGCCACUCAUCCAAGUUUCUCUCCCCAAAGAGUAUUGGAACUGUCACCAAAAUGGAAAGCUUAUCCCUUGCCUAGGAGAUCUAUCCAACUUUUUAUUGGGGUUCUCUCUGCUACCAAUCACUUUUCUGAACGCAUGGCAGUUAGAAAAACUUGGAUGCAAUCUUCGGCCAUCAAGUCUUUAAAUGUGGUGGUCCGGUUCUUUGUUGCAUUGAAUCCAAGGAAGGAGGUGAAUGCAGUUCUGAAGAAAGAGGCAGCUUAUUUUGGUGAUAUUGUGAUUUUGCCAUUUAUGGACCGCUAUGAGCUUGUGGUUCUUAAAACUAUUGCGAUUUGUGAAUUUGGGGUGCAGAAUGUGUCAGCUGCUUACAUCAUGAAAUGUGAUGAUGACACAUUUGUUAGAGUUGAUACUGUCUUGAAAGAAAUUGAUGGCAUCUCUCCCAAAAGGUCACUUUAUAUGGGCAAUCUCAACCUCCUGCACCGGCCUUUGAGAAAUGGAAAGUGGGCUGUCACUUAUGAGGAGUGGCCGGAAGAAGUUUAUCCUCCCUAUGCCAAUGGACCUGGAUAUAUUAUUUCCAGUGAUAUUGCCAAAUUUAUCGUCUCACAACACGGCGACCGAAAAUUAAGGCUUUUCAAGAUGGAGGAUGUGAGUAUGGGAAUGUGGGUUGAACAAUUUAACAGAUCCAGGGCUGUCCAGUACUCCCACAACUGGAAGUUCUGUCAAUAUGGAUGCAUGGUAGACUAUUAUACCGCACAUUACCAAUCCCCUAGGCAGAUGAUUUGUCUUUGGGACAAGCUUUCGAGAGGUCUGGCACACUGCUGCAACUUCAGAUGACAAUGGACAACUCUUGCUUUCCACGUACACCUUAACUGCCUCGUAAUUUCACCCCUUUCUCCCCCAAUUUGAUCCAUUGAAGUGAGCUCUAGAGGGUUUAAGUGUCUUGUUACGGCCUUGUGUUACGAGAUACAGAUUGUUCUUCCUAAACUGUCCCAUCUGUUAAGUAGGUCAUUGACUUGGAUUGGAAAAACAAGGCUAAUUGUAGAUUAUAUAUGUAUAUUCUUAUACGCAUUAUGAUAUUCAAGCCGCUGGAGCACUUAGGCAACAACAAGCCUUUCAAAUUCCUAGUUCUCUUGGGUGCCAAAACUUUGUUUGAUUACUUGUUUAGAUUUUGUAGCUUUCUAAUUUUGGUUUCUUUAACCUUUCCUGAAUCCAGUUUCAAUCUUCCUGUAAUCUUAAUAACAAUCUCUUUUACCCCAUUUAAAAUUCCAAGAACAUCAUCUUUAAAAAUUCCAAUAGUACCAAGCAGGAAAUUACUUAACAAAAUUUUAGGGUGCUAAAAGCCAGAUAAUCGUAGACAAAGGUAGUGUAUAACUACCAAGUAGCUUGGUAGGACAGCUUAAUUUUCUUCUCUAUUUAUGUCGAAGUUUCAACCAUUUGGUCCACUAAAAACCCAAGAAACUCGGGAUUUAGGAAACUGAAAGUCAAAGUUGUUAUUUCAAUGUUUUCAAACACUUCACUUUUUCGGUUAAGUAGUGUUUCCUAGCCUCACUUCUGUCCCAACAAGAAGUUGGGUUUUGAAUUCUUUAGUUUCCAUUGUUCUUGCAUCAUAUAUUUUCUUCCAUAAAUCAAUGCUGCUGCUAACCAGCUAGCCGACGUUUUUGUCUUUUGGGAGUAAAUAAGUUGCAGAAAAGCCGUGCGCAAUAGAAAAUUCAAUUUGAAUAUGGUUGUCUUGUUUUCCCACUUAUUUUGGUUUUAGUUU